AUGCGGGCCACCACCACACUGCUGCUUGCGGCGUCGGGCUGCCUGGCGAGCGCGCACUGGGUCAAAUGGCGCGGCGGUGCAGCAGCAGAUGACCGAGUACAGCCGUGGGCCCCGAAGCAGACGGGCGCAUCGCAACCCGACGACGUCCGCGGCUGGACCCCGAAACCCACCGCCGCGCCCGGCGCGCGACUGCCGCCAAACGAAGCAGUCUUGGGCUAUCUCAAGGGCGGACUAGCCCGGAGGCAGACGACGACGGGAAACGCCUUCAUCCUACCUUCGACGUGCGGGUACUACGCGGGCGUGUCAUCUGAGCCCUUUACCUGCGAGCAGGGCGCCACCUGCACGACGAGCCUGUCUAGAUCGGCGGGCGAGGUAGGCGGCGUGGUGGGAUGCGCGUCUGGGUCUGAGCAGCCCUUCUUCACGGUCUGCUUGGACCGCCAGGCUUACCUUCAGGGCGCCUGCGAUGCGCAGGGUAGCAAGACGGGCUGCUGCACGGCAACGGAUUUCGGCGCAUGCGGCACCUUCCUGUGGGGCGGCAGCACGACGCGGUCCAUGUACCGGUGUGUGUCGAAGCCGGAGCUCGUCUCGCUUUUAGACGUGCCGCAUUUAACCUCGUCUCCAACAACAUCCAAGUCGACGACAUCUACCGCAACCAACCCGGCGGACAACACAGGGACGGCCGACAGCAGCACCAACAACAGCGGCGGCAGCUCAUCAGGCGGCGGCAGCAACAUCGGUGCCAUCGUGGGCGGGGCUGUGGGCGGCGUGGCGGCGCUGGGCCUGAUCGCCGCGGCGAUUGCGUUUGUCGUGCUGCGCAACCGGAACAAGACCAAGGGCGGCAGUGUCGUCCCCUAUAGUGCAGUGGCGCCGACCGAUACAUCAUACCCUGGUGGAGGGCCCGGCGGGGCCGGAGGAGGAGGCGGAGGCGGAGGCGGCUAUCAACAGUCCGCGUCGUCGCCGCAGAUGUUACAGGACGGAACCCCGUUCUACCCGUCGGGCGCCUCGCUGGCGUCGACAGCAGCAUACAACAACAACAACAACCCGAGCAAUAAUCCCAACCUCACCCCGUACCUCGCGGCCGGCGCCUUCGACCAGCGCCAGUCGGCGUACGCCGCCCCCUACUACGACCCCAACAAGCCCGACAACGCCGUCUACGCGCCAUACCCCCCGCCGCACAUGCAGCAGCAGCAGCAGCCGUACGUCAUGUCGGAGCUCGACUCGCAUACCGUCGCAGCCGGCCGGCCAGGCAACCCCGCCGAGAUGGCCGCUAUCCCGUCAGAGCGCGCCGAGAUGCCCGGCACGGGCCCCGGGAGCAGGUAG